ACUCGAGGCUUUGAUGUUCAAAAGUAAGUAGUUGUUGUUACACGCUCAAAUAAUGUGCACGCCAGACAAAAAUUACUGACGAAAAAGUGAGAAUCAUCAAGACUUGUGGUUUUAUUACAAAAUGUGCUCGAUUCAUUCAAAUUUUAAACCUUAUCAUAUCACUAAAAUACUUUAGGUAUAAAACGAGAAGGUUUUAAUCAUUCUAUAUCAGUUACGUUAUUAUUUGACGAUAAUUAAUCAAGUGCUUUAAUUAAAAAUGUCGAAGUUAAUAAUACUGUUGUUAUCAUUAAUACUUGUGUCUGAAAAUGUGCACUCCGAACGAAUUCUUGCAAUGGUCAUGGCUCCAUCAUACAGCCAUCAAAUGUUUUAUCAACAAUUAUGGAGAGAACUCGCUAUCCGUGGACAUGACAUAGUCGUGGUCACUACAGAUCCUACCAAUGAAGUACUUCCCAACUUCAAAGAAAUCAGCAUGAAAGAAUCCUAUGGGCCCGCAAAAGAAUUUAUGAAAGUAAUGUUAAACACUAGUAUUUUCCAAGUUGUGAUUCAAGAUAAAUGGACGGAAAUGACAACGAUGAUGAGUGAAUUCCAAAUGAAUUUACCACAGGUUCAAGAGCUUGUCCAUAACAAGUCGGAACAUUUUGAUCUAUUGAUGAUAGAACAUUUCAUCACACCUGCAUUAGCAUUCCAACAUCGUUUCAACUGUCCGAUGAUCGGUGUGGUUUCUUUGGAUGCUUUGACUUAUUCGCAUGAAGUAAUGGGAAACCCGGUUCAUUCUAUUUUGUAUCCGAUGUCAUUCUUUCCAUAUCAAGAAGAUUUGUCAUUUUUUGAAAGAUUGGUGUCUGUUGUAUUUGGAAAUGCAUUUAAUUACUUGCAAUUGGGAGCUGUGGAGCAUUUGGAUAAAUUGAACAGAGGUAUUUUUGGAGAAGACACACCAUCUAUUUCGGAGAUUCUUGAGAGAACAGAUAUGUUGUUUGUAAAUGCUAAUCCAGUCUUUAGUCCUGUAAGACCACACACGCCUAGUACUAUUUCCAUCGCUGGAGGUAUGCAUAUGAAACCACCUAAGGCUUUACCUGAAGAUUUGAAGAAGUUUUUGGACAGUGCAACCCAAGGAGCUAUUUAUUUCAGUUUGGGUAGUAAUGUAAAAAGCAAUGAAUUGUCUUCAGAUUUGCGCCAAACUAUAAUGAAGACUUUAGAACAAAUUCCCUACAAAAUUCUUUGGAAAUUUGAAAAUGAUACCCUUCCAGGUAAACCAGCAAAUGUCAUGAUUACAAAAUGGGCUCCACAACAAGAUAUUUUAAGACACAAGAACAUCAAACUCUUCAUCACUCAAGGAGGUCUUCAGUCUUUAGAAGAAGCACUAUACUCUCAUGUACCACUAGUGAUAAUGCCGUUUUUCGGAGAUCAACAAGCAAACGCAUUGAAAGCCAAGUCUAAAGGUAUGGCACGCAUUGUGGACAGACAUAACCUUAACGUGGAAGAUUUCAAAAAAGCCAUUUUGGAUGUUUUGGAGAAUCCUGCUUAUAAAAACACUGUCACGCGAUUGGCAAAAGAAAUUCAAGACACUCCAAUGACUCCUUUGGAGAACGCUAUUUGGUGGACCGAGUAUGUAUUGCGACACAAAGGUGCACAACAUUUGAAAGGACCUAGAAUUCCGGCGUAUCAGUAUUAUUAUUUGGAUGUUUUAGCUUUUAUUGCGGGUGUCUUUGUAGUUAUUCUUAUUUUAUUGUUUGUAAUAGUUAAAUUGACUCUCAAAGGACUCUGCAGUAUGAUGAAAUGUUCAAGAAAAGAAAAAUUAAAAACUAAGUGAAUUACUUUCAAGUUUUAAGUAGGUACUUACGAAUAAUGAAAUUGCAUGAAUUGGAUGAAAUAUUGCGAAAUAAAUGAAUUUUAAUCAAAA